UUGUUCGCUGCAAUCGGUACGUUCCUGUUCGGCUUCGACACAGGAAUCGCAACGACGAGUAAGUCAGCCACUAUCUUCGAAGACACCAGCAUAUCUCAUCCCGCGAACAGCGNNAUUGCACAUCAAAGCUGGAUUGAUUAUAUGGACCAUCCGUCAAAGGGUCUCACUGGCGCCGUUGUCGCUGUUUAUAUAGCAGGUGAAGCUCUGGGUGCUUUGACACAGACUGCUAUAGGAGAUAAACUUGGUCGUCUGAGAUUCAUGCAAGCUCUUUGCGUGGUUGUGACGAUUGGUACCGUCAUACAAACUGCAAGUGUCAACAUAGGCAUGUUCCUCGCUGGCCGCGUGUUGGCCGGCUAUGCUGUCGNNGCGGUAUGGUUGGAACAGUCCCGAUCUAUCUUUCUGAGAUCUCCUCACCACAGCACAGAGGCCUCAUCGGAGGUAUCUCUGGCUGUGGCAUCGCUUUCGGAACCAUGUUACGCCUCCUACGGCCCUACGCAAUGGAGGCUACCACUAGGCAUGCAAGUUCCCUGGGGUAUAAUCCUCUUCUGCGGUCUUGCGACCUUCAUGCCCGAUUCUCCCCGCCAGCUUCUACGUAUCGGCAAAAUCGACGAUGCGAGAAGAGAGUUCUUCAAGAUACGCAGGGAUUUGAGCAGUCAAGCUGCUGGACAGGAAUUUGCAUUGAUGAGAGCGCAGAUUGAGUAUGAGGUUGAGAGGGAAGUCAAGAGUUAUAAGGAGAUCUUCCGCUUGUUUAGGCAUAGGGCUCUCGUACNNACAGCAAUUCUGUAUAAAUCACUUGGUAUCGGCUCUAAGCAGAUCUUAGCUCUCGCAGGUGUAUACGGCACCGUGGCGUUCCUCUCAAACGCCAUCACAACCACAUAUCUGACCGAUCAGUGGGGCCGUCGAAAGAUGAUUCUUGCCGGCUUAGCAGGCAUAGUCAUCGUAGAGAUAUAUGCUGCAGUCAUGCAACGCGAAUUCCAGAAUACGGACAAUCAGGUCGGCAAGGGAUUUGCCAUCCUAGGCAUCUAUCUGUUUGUGGUGAUUUACNUCCGUGUCAUGGGUCUAGCAGCAGCAUCUCACUUUAUCGUCAAUGUUGGCAUUACCGAGGCAGGACCUAGUGCGUUCUCCCACAUAAAAGAAAACUAUUAUUACGUCUUUGUGGCCUGCUCCUUCUUCUUUCUCAUUAUGGCCUACCUCUAUNUUCCCACAUUGGAGGAGAUUGCUGCUGCUUUUGGUGACAAGGUCGUGACAUUGACGGAAAGGGAAAUGGCUGUUGAACAGACUAUUGCAGAGGAGAAGAUUGUGUCAGAGCAUGUGGAGGACGUGUCUGUUGAUAGGAAAGUG